AGCGAAACGUUCGCUGUCCCACUACCACGCGCUCGGACCGCUCGGCUGUUGUGUCUCAAUCAUGGAGUACGGACUGGUAUGUUUGAGCUUGCUGGUAGCGCAUUCGGCGGCGGCUUCACUGCAUCCACUGGACGUAACUCUCGAGUCCUCGGGUGGGACGCCGACAGGAUUUGCCUCUGGAGAUCAUGCUAUCGCAAGCGCCGCUUCGCUUUCCGUCUUGACGAACAAAGAGAGCUGCACCUUCAACGACUGGUUCUCGCAACUCUCUAUAUGGAUACAGAUCCCGCUCGCGAUCGGCAUCUUCCUCGGGUUCAUGUCGCUUCUCGUCGUCAUAUUGAACAUAUUCCUUUUCUCUCUCACCGUGUGCUGUGGUUUUUGUUUCGCCUGCUUCAUUUCGGACGGCUAUAUCCCAGUCUAGAUGUUCAUAGACGUUUCGGAAUAAAUUUUGAUAGU